UCCGCCCUCCUUCGUCUCGUCCGCUGCUUGGAGGCGUCCUGCUUCGGCGCUGGCCCUGCGGCCAUUUUGAGCUUCGCUUCCACCAGCCAGCCGGCCCAGCCCUUCCGGGGUCGCUUAGCUGAGGGGCUUUUCCACGGUCAGUCUCUCCUGGCAAGUCGCCGCCGCCGCGGAAGGGUUUCUAUCUAUGGUGGAGAGGGCUGGAGAGGACUAGGACACCUCGUUUCCGCAAGGAUGGAUGUCGCCUCGGCCGCCGCGUCCUGUGCCCGCCGUUCCGGACUGUGGUCUGCCGCCCGCGGCCGAAGCCGCUCUCCUCUGUGGCUCUUCUGUUGGCCCGGGGAUCGGCCUGGGGCAUCAACUCCGCCGCUGGGCAAGGCUGAGACUCUGUAGGCCUUUUGGAGUCCCUCCCGGCCGCCCGCCGCUGAGCUUUACGUUCCUCCCUCAGAGACUUGCCGAGAACGCGGAGAUGGAGCCGGCAGCAGACGCAUCGCGGGAACGGGCCGCCCCGCGGGCGGACUCCCGGUUCCGGCUGCCCUUCUUCUUCCCUCGGCGCUCGCGACCAGGCACUUCCAAGUUCCCCGCACCUCCUGCCCCGGAACACUCCGGGGAUCUCAAACUGGCUUCUUGUCCCCCGCCUGAGGCUCGGCGCAGCUCGUGGAUGCAGCUGCUUUCCCAACUCUUUGCGCCGCUCCCCGGCUUGCUUCAGAAGCUGCUGAUCUGGAGCCAGCUUUUCGGUGGGAUGAUUCCGACCAGAUGGCUAGAUUUUGCUGGAGGCUACAGCGUGCUGAGAGCCCUGAGGGCCCGGGAGGAACCCGACGCCCCCACAGCGCCGAAAUCUCUGAGCUCGCUGCGGCUAGACCCCUCGGCUGACGCGGCCGCCGUUCCCCUCCAUUGGCUAGAGGAGGGCAUCCACUGGCACUGCUCGUCCCCAGAUCUAAAAUUGGAACUUAAAGCCAAGGGAGGAACUUUGGACUCCGCAGCCCACGCUUUUCUCCUAGAGCAGCAGCUGUGGGGAGUGGAGCUCCAAGCCAAUCUGUUCUCCGGCCGGGAACUUGGCCCUUUGCCCUCCGGGCCUCUCAACGUUCAGCGCUUAAGCAAUGUCGACGUCGUCUCCUAUUUGCUGAACCCCUCCUAUCUGGACUGCCUGCCCCGGGUAGAGCUGAGCUAUCAGAGCAGCGUUGGAAGUGGCGAGCUGGUCGAUUUCCAGGCGCUGAGCCCAGAAAGCGGCUGCCUGGAUGAGGUCCCGUCUCAUCCCCAGCCACUCAACGCGGAGAUGGCUUGCGUCUCUUUGCAGGGAUGUGCGCCUCUCUCUAGAGAAGGGCUGCCCGAAAUCCACCAUCUUCGCAUGAAGCGGCUGGAAUUCCUUCAGCAGGCCAGCAAGGGCCAAGCGUUACCCACCCCUGACCAAGAUCAUGGCUACCACAGCCUGGAGGAAGAGCACAGCCUGCUCCGGAUGGAUCUGAAGCACCGCAGAGAUAGCGCAACACAGUGUGUUCCCGCUGCUGGAGCCGUUCCCGGCACCGCUCAGGAACCCACUGAGGAGAAAGUAGAAUUGUUGAUUAAAGAGGUUACCCUUGCUUUGGAGAGACAGGGCACCUCGGAAGGCUGUCUAUCUUGUGAGGUUCCUACGGAGCAGGAGCCUGGAGAGGACCAAAUAAGUGUAAUUGACUCCUCAGACAUAGACUAUGACCUUCCCAUUUCUGCCAGACCAGCCUGUAGCAACAGAUUGAUAGAUUACAUUUUGGGAGGUGCAGCCAGUGACCUGGAAACAGGUUCUGAUUCAGAAGGUGAGGAGUGGGAUGGCGACGCUGGGGAUGAUGGUUUUGAUAGCGAUAGCUCACUCUCAGAAUCAGACCUUGAACAAGACUCAGAAGGGCUCCACCUUUGGAACUCUUUCUAUAGUGUCGAUCCUUAUAAUCCCCAAAACUUCACAGCAACAAUUCAGACUGCUGCCAGAAUUCUUCCCAGAGACCCUUCUGACUCAGAGACGGAUUUGUCUGACAAGUCUAAUCUAGAAAAUCCUCCCUGGACUGCAAGCCUUCCUGAGUCUCCUGACCGUAAUUCUGGAGAAGAAGAUGACUGGGAGUCUAGUGCAGAUGAAGCAGAGAGUCUCAAACUGUGGAACUCUUUCUGUAAUUCCGAUGACCCCUACAACCUUCUAAAUUUUAAGGCUCCUUUUCAAACAUCAGGGAAAAAUUGGAAAGGCUGUCGAGACUCAGAGAGGCCGUCUGAGUCUAUUGUGGCCAUUUCUGAGUGUCACACCUUACUUUCCUGUAAGGUGCAACUGUCAGGGAGCCGAAAAAGUGAAUGUCCGGACUUGGUACAGGGUGGGCUUCUUUCUGGAGCAAGACACACACAUAUCCAGAGAAAAAAGGUAACCUUCCUUGAAGAAGUUACUGAGUAUUAUAUAAGUGGUGAUGAGGAUCGAAAAGGACCAUGGGAAGAAUUUGCACGGGAUGGAUGCAGGUUCCAGAAACGAAUUCAAGAAACAGAAGACGCUAUUGGAUACUGCUUGACAUUUGAGCACAGAGAAAAAAUGUUUAAUAGACUCCAGGAAAUGUGCUUCAAAGGACUUAAUGUUUUCGAGCAAUGUUAAGAUGAUGUGACAGCCUCUGGCCUUAGCAAACACUACCUCUUACUUGAGAGGUUUCUUUUAAAAACAAAAAUUGGCAGCUGUCCUUUGACAUUUUUCUUAGAGUAUAUGCAACUUGGAUCCAGUGACCUAGUUUAAUAUAUUUUUUUUGCAACAUAUCCCACUCAGAAAUGUACAGGUUUGAAGCCAAGCCCUGAAAAUGAAGGAUGAGAUGGUGUGAUUUCCAAUUCUCCUUUUUUGUUUAGUUGGAUUUGUUUUUGAAUGUUGUUUGCUUGCUGAAGUGAAAAGGGGACCUCUUAAGGUGUAAUUUUGCACUUUGAAAACUUAUUUUCUUGGGAAACAAUAUUUAUAGGGUUUGAAGCCCAUUUUUCAUUCUAAUUUAAAUUACGUGUACCUGUCUAAAAACUUUGGGCUCUUUUUUCCCUCUGAACAUUCUGAAAUUAAUGGGCUGUUAUGUUUUCUCUAUAUUUUUUUGUUUCAGUAAUUUGGUCCUUCUACUUCAAGGCUAAGAAAAUAAUCUUGUAUAUACUACCAACUUAAAGUACAUUAUCUUGUGUCAUUGUGGUUUUUUUUCUUUCUUUCUAAAAAUGACUGGUUGAAAAUAGGUGGUGGGUUUUUAUUUCUAGAUUAAGCUCUACCUAGGAUAUUUCCAAGGACUGCCACAAAACCUAUAUGUGCAGUACUUUCUGUUACUUUGGGAAAGCUGCAUAUUUCUGCCAAAUUUUAACAUCUGAUAUACUUAAUUUCUGUGCAAACUCUUUUUUGAAGAAGGUUCUGUAUAUGUUAUUAUAGUUCCCACUUGGGUGGUUCUUUGUGUCUUCAAUAGGUAGAAAUUGUUGUAAAAGACUCCAGAAGCAAUAAUUGCAUCAUAGUUGCUUUUAAAUUUAAAAGCUUAGAAUUUUCCUAGGAAGAAGAUAGGAGACAUCUCAGAGCAAUUUGGUCUUGUUGUAUGUGCUCUCAAAAGAAAACCAGUGUUAUUAAUAUGCCUCAGCACCGUCACUUUUAAAACCUGUCAGGAUGGCACUGUGAACUUGGAAAUGGGCAGUUCUUAAUUUUCCAGUUUGAAAUGUAAAAUGUAGACUUCGGUCAAUAUCCAAGUUUAUUGUGUUCUCCUUUUUUAAUAGUGAGAGAAGUAAUGGCAAGGCCUAUAGUUUCAGGAAAGAACUAUAGAUUUAACAAAUAGAAAGUCUUAAUAUCUUCAGCCCAAAGUUUACUUUUGUUUUUUUUCCCACUUGAAAAAAGCUGAUAUCCUUAAUAAACAAAAGUGACAAUGUUCAUUUUCCAAAGCAAACUGUUUUUGCAGUGACUGAUUGUGUUUGGUUUAUUUAGCUAGUUCUACAUGGUGUGCAUUUGUUAGGUUGAGGGAAUGUUAACCAACUCCUUAAUGGUCUAUUUUUGUUUCAUGUGCCUCCUGUCACAGGUAAUGGAAAACAUGAAUAGAAUAGAUGACCUCUUAAUUUUGAACUUGUUUCAGAGUGGGGACAAAUUUUUCAUCAGAAGUGCUUGCAGGGUUACUACCUCAGUUUAUAAUCUACCUGGUCAUUAUUUUAUUUGUUUGGGUUGCUCUAAGAACUGCCUCUAGUGUUAAUAUGUAUAUAUAUGUGUAUAUAUAUAUUCAUACUUAAACACACUGAGAGUACAAGUAAAAGUCAGAUUUUUGCAGAGCCCUUCUUCAAUGUGGUUUGUGCCCCUGCAUUUUAGGUAAUCACAGGGAAUGCAUUUAUAGAGUCUGGUGUAACAACACGGAAAUAAGCUAAGUUUCAAACACCAGCUGUGUCGGUUGGAAAGAAGGUGUCACUUGCCUUGAAAAGAAAACUUUGAAAAUGUGUAGGCAUUCUUUUAAAACCAGACUGAAGUAUACUGUUUUCAGAGACUUAGGUUGUGUUUUGUGUUUCUGAAAUCUUGCACCUCUGCAUGUAUGAAAAUAAUGGGAUAUCUUUACAUUUACUGGAUUUUGGAGAAUUAUUCCCUUGAGAUUCCAACCUCACUACCAAAUACGUAAAAGCUUGGUGAAGAUUUCUCCCAUUUACUACCCUUCUUUAAAAGAAGUGAUCAGGCGGUGAUAAGGACAAAAGGGACCAUUUUAAAGUUGGACAAGGGAAGAAACAGAAUUCUUACCAGUUUCAUUCCGAUUCUAGUUGUUAGAACAAAGUUAAACCUUCAGUCUUAAAAUCCUUGGAAGUUUUAACUGAACAUUUUACACACCUAAAAGUCUUGCGAUGGUGCUUUAAGUAUCAAUGUAGCAUAUGAAAGGCUUUGUACAGACAAGUAAAAUUUCCCUUUCUGAGUGUUCAAAUGUGAUAACACCAUCUCGUCAUCUUUAACUUGAAAUCAAAACUAUCAGAUUUUAUUUUUUUAUAAUUUAAGGAAGGUGAAGUUAGGGGACUAGAAGACAUCUAAAAUGGCUUCUACAGAUCGAAUGAUGUAAAUGUAACCAGUUUGUUGGGACUUUAUAGCUAAAAUUAUAUUUGUGUAUAUAACUUAGCUAAUCUGUAAAUUGUAAUAAAUAUAUUUGCAAUUUUUAAAUGUUA